CACACACACAUUUUCUUUCUAUCCCCUGUUUUCCACUUCACUCUAUCUCUCUUCUUUAAACCCCAAAUUAAUCCUACACUCUUGUCCACUUUGUUCCCAUCUAUAACACACACAUUUUUACCUUUUAUUGUAAGAAAAUAAUGUGUUCCCAUUUCAUUUUCCCUUAAUAUAUCAUCUCAAGAUCUUCAUUUCAUUCUCAUAAAGUUUUGAAAAAAUAAUCAUGUAUAGACCAUAUAGAGAAAACCCUUCAUUCUCAUCCUCGUUGCUCGACGAGAUCUAUAGAUCCAUCGAUCAACGAGAUGACCAAGAACAAGUCACAGUUUUUCAAAAAAACCCCAGAAAUAAACAUAACAGUUUCUCUGAUAACAACAGCGAAACUGCUCUGUUUGAAAAAUGGGCCGAGCCCAUCACAUGCAAAAAAAACAUGACUAAAAAACAAUCACCUCCAGAGUUGAAAACCGGCUACAACUCCAGUUCUAGCUCUUCUGACUCGAGCGGUUUUUCAUCCUCAGAAACAGAAUCGGUUUACGGUUUUUCAUCAAAACCUAAACCUAUUCGUACAAACACCGACCGACACGACAAAUAUUCGUACAACACAAGAUCAGAGAAAGAUAAACAAUGCAACUACAAGUACAACAACAACAAUAACCAAAAGUACCAAUUUGACGAUUUUCAAGCGAAACCAAAACACGAGGGCAAAUUCGUCAAUAAGACGAAAUCUAGAGCAAUGAAAAUCUACGGUGAUUUAAAAAAAGUAAAACAGCCAAUUUCUCCAGGGGGUCGACUAGCAACUUUUUUAAACUCGAUUUUCGCAACAAAUAACAAUACAAAAAAGAUCCCGCAACAAUCAUUAGAAUCAAAAUCAACAACAACCACGACAUGUUCAUCAGCGUCAUCGUAUUCUAGAUCAUGUUUAAGCAAAACACCCUCGUCAUCAUCUAGAGGAAAAUUAAACACCAACACGAAAAGAUCCGUUCGGUUUUACCUAGACACCGAAAAACCGUGCGACAUUUUUAUUGGUCUCAAUCAAGACGACAAAACGCGACAAGUUGAAGAAGCCGCGAGAAACUUGUUAAGGAAUUACCAAAAAAAAGUUGAGUGCGAGUUCGAGUUAAGUUCAAACAAUGUCAAAAGUUACAAUGUAAUGGAUAUGAAAUAUGACGAGGACGAUGACGAUGAUGUGGCGAGCCACGCAAGCUCGGAUUUGUUUGAGCUAGAGAAUUUGUCGGCAAUUGGAAUGGGGAAAUAUGGGGAUGAAUUGCCGGUGUAUGAAACAACUUAUUUGGAUAUGAAUUUAGCUAUUGGUAAUGGUUUUUUAAUGUAACUUAAUAAUUUGAACAAAAAUUAAUUAAUUAGCUAGUAGGUUACAAUAUUAAUUGUUGGUGAUAUUUUGUAAUUUGGUGUGGGGGUUUUAAUUUAUUAAUUAAUUACACGAGGAGAAAUCGUACGUAUAGUGGUAGCAAUAGUACGUACUCUAUAUUUAGUUCUGUUGUUUUAUGUUAUUUUGUAGUAUCUGCGUAAAAUUAAGUAAUGAGUUUUGAUAUUUGUCUUUUUUCGAUUA